AUGUCUGGUUAUGCGUCUUCAGGAACUGGUGAUGGCGGCUUCGCCAUCACGCCCCGAAUGCUUCAUUUAAUCUCGAAGCCUGGGAAGCUCAGAUCCGACGAAGGGGGACAGGAACUUAUGGACCUAUACUCUGAAAAAUUUGGGGGCUUCUCCAUGGCCAGGCUUAAUCCUUUUGCCCGGGAUUGCUUCACAGGAAGCCUUCAAGCUGUUAUAAGUGCCGUGUCAUCUGGAGAUCACCCGCCCCUGAACGGGAUCGAAACCCCGUUCAAAUUUGGUUAUGCUACACUUGUCAUCGUCGGAGCACAACGGUUGCAAUCCGCACCCCCCGGCUCCGGGCUUCAUGCGGAGACGCUCAAGUUUCUCUUAUCCAGGGGUUGUCCUCCCGAUGUCCCAGAUAUCUGCCAGUACACCGCUCUUCAUCAUGUGACGAUGAAUCUCAGCCGUCCGGACAUUGCCCGAAUUUUGUUGGAGAAUGGAGCUCGAGUCAACUAUGUGAACAUCUAUGGCAGUCCGCCUAUCAUGGGAGCCCUCAUGGCAGGACAGACGGAAGCAGUGGAAGUGCUGAUGGAAUUCGGUGCCGACAUGACUAUACCAGACGCAGACGGCAUGAAGCCUGAACAGCUUUUCAUUUCUUGUGGUCCGGAGGUUACGGCCACCGUUACUAAGUGGCUUAGGCGAAGAACAGGAGACCAUUGGAAGACGCACAAGACUACUUGCAAGCCCUUCACGCUUGUGAACACCGUGACUUUGAAACCUACCUACGGCGGUUAUGGAAAUCUUAUGCCCACCGCAGCGGUGACUCGUAGCUUGCUGGGAUAUCCUACCGAGACGCCUUCCGCGAAGCAACAGCGUUUCUCUCAGCAACCGACGAGCUAUCCUAAAAAGGCUGUCAUUAAAGUCCAGGUUCCUUAUGGUCCCGCUGGUCCACCUGCAGUUGCCCUGUUACAAUCGCUUCUCAUAUACAACAAAAAGCGCGACUUUUCCUGUCAAGUUCUGCGGACGGGAAAUGAAGCUGCGUACGAUCGCAUCGAACAAGUCAUCAGGAGCAAAGGGGUUCUUGGCUCCAAGGGGUACUUUGUCGCUGAGCUGAAAAGCGCAGACGAGUUAGUCGUCAAAGUGAACGAGCUGUUGGCUGAGCAGCCAUUCUAA